AUGGCAACCGAACCUAUCAUUGUUGUCCAAAUCUUGGAAGUGGAUGACAGGCCUAUUAAAGUAUUUACCCGCAAUGGCAAAACUGUCAUCAUUACACCAGAGGACACCUACCUUUUAGAAGAGUCGGCGAUGAACGAGACACCGCGACGAAGAGGAUGGAACCAUGUAUGUGAACAGAAAGGGUGUAAGAAGGUUAUGUGUCCAUCGAUGGCAAUGAGAAGCUUAGAAGACCAAUGUGUAAAGCGCCUAAAAAUAUCAUUUUCUACAUUAUUUAUUGAAAAACAUAGUAACGUACAUUUAGUUAAGAUUCUUAUGAGUAUAUUUUAUUCUCUUUUCUACAUUAUAAGUAGUAAGCGAGUGAUUAUAGGUACCAGACGCCGAUUGGCUAAGACGUAUCACGUGACUAAAUGUGACGUCAUAAUGUGGAAGUUGUCUGCUACUAACGGUCGCGUUCUAGAAUGUUCGCGAUCUAUUCUUAUUCAUGUGACCUGUGAAACGGAUAAAAGAUUUAAUUUUCUGGAAAAAGAUUCAUUCUGCGUGAGGAAACAGAGAACAGUGGAACAGCUUUAUUCGUUAACUAUUGAUAGGAGAUCACGAAGUAGACUUUUUAGUCUUUCCGUAGUUUUAUAA